ACGCAGAGCGGAAGUUACGCCUGAUGUUGUCAUGGCGUCUCACAUGUAAAUCACCCAGCUUCAGAUAUUGAAUAAAACAUAUUUUAAGGUGAUUUUAAGGUUAAAGUAAGUUAAUAACUGGCUCUCUGACUCCCAGGACCGAAACAUGAGCACUCAAUACAGCAUUCUUUUCAAGCAAGAACACGCUCACGAUGAUGCGAUCUGGACCGCAGCGUGGGGGAAGAGUGAGGCGGACGGCUCCGAUACCAUCGUCACCGGCUCACUGGAUGAUAUGGUGAAAGUCUGGAAAUGGUGUGAUGAGAAGCUGGAGCUGCAGUGGUCUCUGGAGGGCCACCAGCUGGGCGUGGUGUCGGUGGACAUCAGUCACAACGGAGCCAUCGCCGCCUCCAGCUCCCUCGACGCUCACAUCCGUCUCUGGGACCUGGAGUCCGGGAAACAGAUCAAGUCCAUGGACGCCGGACCUGUUGACGCCUGGUCGGUCGCCUUCUCCCCAGACUCUAAAUACAUCGCCACAGGAAGCCACCACGGCAAGGUCAACAUCUUCGGCGUGGAAAGUGGCAAGAAGGAGCAUUCUCUGGACACUCGAGGGAAAUUCAUCCUGAGCAUAGCUUACAGUCCUGAUGGGAAAUAUCUGGCCAGCGGAGCCAUCGAUGGGAUCAUCAACAUCUUUGACAUCGCCACUGGAAAGCUGCUCCAUACGCUGGAAGGUCACGCCAUGCCCAUCAGAUCCCUCACCUUCUCCCCCGACUCCCAGCUGCUGGUCACCGCCUCCGACGACGGAUACAUCAAGAUAUAUGACGUGCAACAUGCGAACCUGGCCGGCACCCUGAGUGGACACGGCUCCUGGGUUCUUAACGUCGCCUUCUCUCCAGACAGCAAACACUUUGUCUCCAGCUCGUCUGAUAAGAGUGUGAAGGUGUGGGACGUCGGCACCAGAGCGUGCAUCAACACUUUCUUCGACCAUCAGGACCAGGUCUGGAGUGUGAAGUACAACAGCACCGGCUCAAAGAUCAUCUCGGCCGGAGACGACCGCUCCAUCCACAUCUACGACUGUCCCAUGUGAGGGGGGUCCAGGAGAGGAGCUGCAUAGGUUUACUACAUCAGGGAGUGGACACUGGUAAUAGAGGGGGGGUGUGGGGAGGGGCUGUACAUGUGUUGGGUUUUUGCACUGGCCCACUGCGGUCAAUAAAAGGGUUUCUUUUGUA